AUGGCGCUUCCGGGCUCUUCACACGACCAGGCCUGGGGCUUGGAGCCGCCCGCUCCCGCUGCUCCUACCAACUCGUCCUCGGGCUGCCAGGAGCGGGAAGGCGCCGGCAGCCCGGUGGUGUCCGGGGGGCUUCCCUUGGAGAAGGUGAAGCGACCCAUGAACGCGUUCAUGGUGUGGAGCUCCGCGCAGCGCCGCCAGAUGGCGCAGCAGAACCCAAAGAUGCACAACUCGGAGAUCUCCAAGCGCCUGGGCGCGCAGUGGAAGCUGCUGGGCGAGGACGAGAAGCGGCCCUUCGUGGAAGAGGCCAAGCGGCUCCGGGCGCGGCACCUGCGCGACUACCCCGACUACAAGUACCGGCCUCGGCGCAAGACCAAGAGCGCGGCCGCCGGGCCGCCCCACUUUGGCCAGGGAGGCGGCGGCGUGGCUGGCGGCGGGCCGGUCUGGGGUCCCGGGUACGCGACCACGCAGGGGAGCAGAGGCUUUGGGUACCAGCCGCCCAACUACUCCACCGCUUACCUGCCUGCCGGUUACGGCUCUUCCCACUGCAAACCAGAGGCCUCGUCGCCGUGCUCCCUCCCUCAGAGUAACCCGAGGCUCCAGGGUGAGCUGCUCCCCCACUACAGCCCCUACCUACCCCCAGGCUCCCCCACUGCGUACAACCCUCCCCUGUCAGGGACCCCCAUGCCCCUGACCCACCUCUAACUCUCAUGAACAUGGACCUCCCAGGAACACCUUCUCUCUCCUUUUUCACCCAGAACCUCCCACCCCAGGCUGCAAACCCUUCUUUAGAACUGUUGGCCCGCAGUUCAGAAGCCUGUGCUGCGGUUCCCUCACCCUGCCCCCAAAAUACAACACAUGAUUUUUUUUAGGACAAACACAGUUUUUAUGAUUAAA